AUGUUUGCGCGAAGCUGUUGCCGAUGCGUUGCUCGCGCACACCUCCAAUCGCGGCCUGCCCAGCUCUCCGUUGCGAGAGCUCAGGCCCGGCACUAUGCGACAUCACCCGGCGGUGCGCCCACGCAGGCGGCCAGCAAAGCCGGCAUCCUGGCGCCUUUUGUGAAUGAGCUUGACAAGCUCGCUCCGAGCGUCGAUCUACGUGGUGAUCAGAUUCAGAUCCUCAAAACACCGAGCGACCGCAUCUUCUUGUCGACGCUGUAUAUUGGCAAGUCGGAGCGCGAGCUCAUUGAGACGCUCCAAGAAGCGCUGCGCCUCAAUUCGGAGCUCAAGCUGAGCAUUCUGACCGACUGCCUCCGCGGCACGCGCGAGGCGCCUGAUCCUUCCUGUGCCUCGCUGCUGGCGCCGCUGGUAGCGGAGUUUGGCGCGGAUCGUGUCGAGAUUCGCAUGUACCACACGCCAAACCUGACGGGCCUGCGCAAAAAGUACAUACCCAAGCGCAUCAACGAGGGCUGGGGCCUGCAGCACAUGAAGCUUUACGGCGUGGACGACGAGAUUAUCCUGUCUGGAGCCAACUUAUCCACCGACUACUUUACCAACCGUCAGGACCGAUACCACCUCUUCAAGUCCAAGCGCGUCACUGACCACUUUUACAACAUUCACCACGGCGUCUCCUCCUUGAGCUUCCUCGUUGCACCCUCUGAUGAGCCCGUAGGCUUCAUCCUCUCCUGGCCUGCCACCAACGCCACGCCAUCGCCCCUCGACGAUCCGUCCGCGUUUGUCCGCGGUGCCACCUCCGUCCUCCGCCCUCUUCUCACUGCGCCGCAGCCGCAGCCGUCCGGACGCCACCCAACACCUUCCCUCAGCACUCUCGACGACACCCGCGUUUACCUCCUUGGGCAAAUGACGCAAAUCACCACCUCGCCUGAUCCGGCCACCGAGCUGCCCGUUAUUACCAGCAUUCUCACGCGCCUCGCCGACCCGGAUUACGCCGCCUCUUCGUGGACCUUUACCGCCGGCUACUUCAACCCCGCGCCGUCUCUCACCAAGCUGCUCCUCGCCACCGCGUCUUCGUUGCACAACGUCGUCAUCACCGCUGCCCCCGAGGCCAACGGCUUCUACCGCUCCCCCGGCGUCUCGGGCCUGCUCCCCGACGCCUACACACUGCUCGCCAAGCGCUUCGUGCACGCCGCGCACCACGCCGGGCGCGCCGCCGACAUCACCCUGAAAGAGUGGCGCAACGGCACCGUCGGCCAUCUGGGCGGCUGGACGUACCAUGCCAAGGGCCUUUGGGUAGCCAUGCCGGGCGACGAGGCAGUGGGCCCGUCGAUGAGCGUCAUUGGCAGCUCAAAUUACACCAAGCGCAGCUACUCGCACGAUCUGGAGGUCGGCGCGCUCAUCGUCACGCGUGAUGUGGGGUUGAAGCGCAGGCUCAAGGACGAACAGGAGUGGCUGCAGGAGCACGCGCGGGCGAUGACGAGGGACGACUUUGCGACGAAUGAGCGCAGGGUCGGCCUCAAGGUGCGCAUCGCCAUGUGGAUUGUGUCGCUCGUUGGUGGCGCAUUGUAA